UGCGAGCGCGCUGCUCCCGGACUCGGAGGCCGGAAACGCCGGCGCGGAGCCGCAGCCGCCGCGGCCGGUCCUUGUUUUCCGCCGAGGCCGCGCAGCCAUGGCCAAGUGGGGCCAGGGGGACCCGCGCUGGAUCGUGGAGGAGCGGGAGGACGGCACCAACGUGAACAACUGGCACUGGACAGAGAGGGAUGCCACCAGCUGGUCCAAGGGGAAACUCCAAGAGAUGCUGGUGGGCAUCAUUGUGGAGAAUGAGGCAGGCCGCUGUGAGAUCAGUGAACUGAAGCAGGUGGAAGGUGAGGCUUCUUGCAGCAGCCGCAAAGGAAAACUUAUUUUCUUCUAUGAGUGGAACAUCAAGCUGGGCUGGAAAGGUACACUUAAAGAGUCUGGUGUGAAGCACAAGGGAUUGAUUGAAAUACCAAACCUUUCUGAAGAGAAUGAAGUAGAUGAUACUGAGGUGAACGUGAGUAAAAAGAAAGGAGAUGGGGAUAUACUGAAGGAUCUUAUGAAAACUGCAGGCACCGCCAAGGUCAGGGAGGCCCUUGGAGAUUACCUGAAGGCACUUAAGACGGAAUUUACAACUGGAAUGAUUUUACCAACAAAAGCUUCAUCAACCCAAGAAUUAACUGUUAAAAGGAAACCGAGUGAAAAUACCUUGCAGGUUCAGGCAUCAUCUCCAGUGGCAUUGGGUGUAAGGAUUCCCACUGUGGCUCUGCACAUGACUGAACUGUUUGACACAACGGUAGAGCAGCUAUAUGGCAUCUUCACGGUGAAGGAAUUGGUGCAGAAAUUUUCCAAAUCUCCUGCUGUAUUAGAAGCUGAAAAGGGAGGGAAAUUCCAAAUGUUUGAUGGGAACAUCACUGGUGAAUACAUAGAAUUGUUAAAAAACAGAAAGAUCGUCAUGAAAUGGAGGUGUAGGAACUGGCCAGAAGAACACUAUGCAACAGUUGCACUGAAUUUUGUACCUACUCUAGGGCAAACGGAAUUACAAUUGGACUGUAAAGGAGUUCCUGUCUGUAAAGAAGAGAAUAUGAAAUUCUGUUGGCAGAAGCAGCAUUUUGAAGAAAUAAAAGGUUUACUCCAGCUGCCCACCCUAAAUGGUUGACUAGUUAGGUUUUAUAAGAGUAUUUUAUUUUUUUUGCAGUAGAAAGUGUCAUGUUUCUCCUCCCUGUCUUUCCUUAAAAAAAAAAACAAAAAUGCCCAAAUCUUAAUUUGAUAUUGGAUGAAAUCCAGGAACUUAUACAGAAUUAAAAAGCACUGUUUGACUCUAA